AUGGCCAGAUGUGUAUCUAUAACAUCCGUGUUUAGUCUUUCUCACCAGCGCGUCACUUGGCAGAUUCACAUUUCAUAUGACGAGCUGACUGGAUCCUUGGGUUGGUUGGAUCUUCCAGAGAGUGAUCGUCAGAUCCGAGGUCAAUACCCCUAUUGGCGCAUUAGCUCAGUUCCUCCUCGGAAGUCGGUAAACGUUUACACCAUCUUUUGGGACUAUGCCAAACCAGGCAUCGUUGCGCAGAGGCCAUACUCAGGCUACGCUACAGAUACUUAUUGCCUGAGCCUUCUGGUAGUUGACCUAUCUGUUGGAGCCCUGCCUUGUGCAGAUUGGAAUUCUGAAGCAUUACUCCCCUAUUGUUCGGUGCAGGUGAAAGUAAGGCAAAGUCCUCCUGGAGCCUUGGUGAACAUGCCCUUUCUGAAGGUUGGAGAUAUUGUGCGUGCACACCGGUUCAGCGCACAGAGAAAGAAGGAGCGCUUUCUCAAUCUUUGGUGGAGGAGACACUCGAGUAUUGCAGUAGCAAACUCUGAUCAGCAGGCUGCUCCGACGGUCAGAGAUUUGCAGAGUGUCACAGCGGACGAACAGCCAACAGCAGUGGCUUCGGACAAUACCACCAUGUCAGAGCUUUGGAACUUCAUUAGGACAGCGCUCCAGGACCCGGCCCAGACCAUCUCCAACUAUUUGACCACGAGUGAUCAGCUCACCUUUCAAACGACCGAAGACAUGGUGGUGCAGGUUUUGGCCCUGGAUCCCUCUCAGAAGGACAUCUUGGUCAGCGACUGGUUUGGUCCGCCUCUGCGUGUGCGGGCCAAGACACCCCGGCUGCACUCCUCGUGGCUCUUCCAGCGACUGCAGAAGAAUCAAUGGUUGAAACUGCGAUGGGUGAGCAAUCAGCCCAAGACCGACGAGGAGGAGGACGAGGAAACUCAGCAGGAUUCGCUAGAAGACGGUGGCGUGGACCUCUAUGUCUUGGCUUCUCAGAUCACUGCGCUGCCAUCGUGGUGCAACGAUGUGGAAAUUCGAGCCGCAAGGUGUCGCAGUGAUCCUGACCAGGAGGAUGCAGCGCACGACAUGGCUGACCGGUUUGAAGCUGAACGCGGUGUGGCGGCUGUGCCCCCACGGCCGCGGCCCAGCGCAGUGCCAGCAGCGCCUGCAGCGCCUGCAGCGCCUGCGGCCCCAGCAGCACCUGCGGCGCCCGCUGCAGGGGCUGCAAGGCCAGCCCCGUCAGCAGCACCGAGCUAUGGGAAUCCGAUGCAGGAGGUUGGAGAUCAACAGGUCAUCAACUGGAGCAGCCGCUGGGCGCAGGAGUUGCAGAAGGCAGUGAGGAACAAACAGCGGAGGGGCCUGAGAUACCAGAUCACUAACAUCAGAGGAGAAGAGCUCCGUGAGGUUGGUGAUCCACCUGGUGAGCUGGUAGACGUGCCACUAAGAGGAGACUUUCCGCUUUGCGUUGCAGUGCGUCGCCCAAGUGAGGCUGCUUCGCUCACUUCGCCCAGAAGGAGACGGGAAGCGCGAGCAGCACCCUCCCCAUCCGCAGCCCCUGUCGAUCCCAGGACAGUCCAAAGAGCUGCCAAACUCAAGAGUGAUUUUGGCGACGAGGCCAAUUUGCAACCCAUCAGUUCUGCCUUGGCGCCAGAUGCUCCAGCGAAUCUGCUGCUUGGAGGAUUCCGACUUGACUGGAUCUGUGGCCCUGACCCACGACACACCUCGGGCCAACCUCCCCAUGCGGAGGACCUGAUCUCUGUGACGUGUCGAACCUGUGGAAGUCGAUUUAGCUGCGAAGAGGGACGACGCAUUGCAGCAGGUGAGCCACAGCGAUCUCGACGUCGCACAGAGGUCGCUGUUGAAAAGGCAACGAUUCCUUUGACUCCAAAUUGGCCGAGUGAAGUGGAACGCUGGCUUGAGGAGGACGGGAUCUUGAUCCGCACGCGGCGAAAUACUCCACUUCCAGAACAGCCAGAAGUGGCGGAUUUUCCCCUGAGCGUGAAACAGCGACAGGUGCGAAGUGAGCAUCAGAUGCCUUGUGGACACACGAUUCCGGUUUGGAAGUAUCAGGGAUUGAUUAAACUUUCUGAUCCCCGCAACGCCGAAACCUUGGUUGUGCUCUUCGAAACGCGCGAACAACUCUUUGGCAUGCAUCCAGGUCAAGCAGCACUUGACGAGACCUACAACCGCGAGUUCCAGGAGAAACUGAUCGGACUCUUUAGGGAGCUACCGGAAGGACAGUUUCAUGUUCUGGCGAUGAGACGACAAGGAAGUGGAGCUGGCGGUGGUGAUGUGAGUGGAGGCUGGAUCUUGGAAGGAACUUCAGUGCAAUGGUGUGAUGCCUAA